GUUCUAGCUGGAAGCUUAAGCUGUCAAGAUGCACGAUUUGCACAAUCUCUUGCUCAGUCUGAGUCUGUUUUUCUUUGUAGAAGCUGCCAGCACUGCAUGUAUUAUCCCUGAAGAUAACCUGAAUUCCAAAAACGUUUACCUAAGUGGCAGCAAUGGUAACUUCGAUAUUCAGCGCAGCGAUAUUGUGGCCGCAGGAAAAUCAGUGCAUUUGCUCUGUGAAGAAGGAAUCUACCAAACCGCAUUCGCGUGCCAAAACAAUGUUUUCAAUCCGCCUUUAUUGACGUCUAACUGCGCAAGGGGAGUCAAAGCGUCUGUUAAACCGAUAAGAGACUCGUCUUGCCCAUCUCCCCAUCUCACAUACGCCGUGGGUAUACGCGUAGGCACACACUUUUUUGAGCUCUAUCGAAACUGCUUCGAUGGUGAACACUUGGCAUUGAAGCACUCCAUCUACAUGGCUUACCGCUACAUACAUUCCGCCCCGCGUCCUGCAGCUUACUUUACAACGGAUGGGAUAAUGACAGUUGCACAAGCUAGCGCUUACAAGGCCAACAAAUAUCAAGCCUGUCUAUCCACCUACUUGGGUGCAGGUCAACCCAAUUGUGAGCUCGAUCGAGGUCACUUAACACCAAGUUCUGCUUUUAUUUUCAAAGAGUUUAGGAAGUCGACCGACAAGUACUUAAAUGUUGUUCCCCAAAACAAACUAGUCAAUAUUGGCAACUGGAAAAACAUAGAGGCCUGGGUAAACAAUCUGGUUAUGGGACGUUAUGAUACUCAUCGUCGAACCUACGAUGUCCUGAAAGUUUGCACAGGCGCACUGGGAGUGCAUGAGUUGAGACACAGUAAUAACAAUAGGGUACUCAUUUACCUGUUGGGACACAAAAUUCCCCUUCCCAAGUGGACGUACAAAAUAGUUGGUCAUCUUUCUGGAGAUAAAUGGGUGAUAUUAACCUACAACGAUGUGAAUCCCCCUAGUCGUCAAGACCUAAAUCAGGUCUGCACAACAACCAAUUGUCAUCCAAAUCUUAAUCUGAAUGGAGUGGGAUACACUGUCUGCUGCAAUCCAUACGAUUUUGUUUUGAGAAAUAUUAAUCAUCUUUCGGGUAUUUGCUAAGAUGAAAGGCGAUCAAGGUCAGCCAGGGUUUGGUUUUUUUUGAAAGUAGGGGAGAGUA